CCCUCCCUUUGUGGCGCUGCGGACGCUCCCGUCGCGUCGCCGCGGGCGGCGUGCCCGCUUCCGAGAUGGCGGCGGCGCUGUCCGGCGGGCUCGGCCGGGCGGGCUGGAGGCUCGUGCAGCUGCGGUGCCUGCCCGUGUCCCGUUGCCGACCAUCACCAGUGCCACGUGCCUUCCAUGCUUCAGCUGUGGGGCUGAGGUCUUCAGAUGAGCAGAAGCAGCAGCCUCCCCCCUCUUUUUCUGAGCAGCAUCCUGAGACACAGGGGGCAGAAAAACCCAAUCUGGAGUCUUCUCAUUCACCCCCCAGGUAUACGGACCAGGGCGGUGAGGAAGAGGAGGACUAUGAGAGUGAGGAGCAGCUGCAGCACCGCAUCCUGACGGCAGCCCUGCAGUUCGUGCCCGCCCAUGGGUGGACAGCAGAGGCUAUUGCAGAAGGAGCCCAGUCUCUGGGUCUCUCCAGUGCAGCAGCCAGCAUGUUUGGGAAUGACGGCAGCGAGCUGGUACUGCAUUUUGUGACCCAGUGCAAUGCUCGCCUCACCCGUGUGCUGGAAGAGGAGCAGAAGCUGGUACAGUUGGGUCAGGCAGAGAAGAGGAAGACAGACCAGUUCCUGAGGCAUGCAGUGGAAACCAGACUGAGAAUGCUGAUCCCGUACAUUGAGCACUGGCCCCGGGCCCUGAGCGUCCUCAUGCUCCCCCACAACAUCCCAUCCAGCCUGAGCCUGCUCACCAGCAUGGUGGACGACAUGUGGCAUUACGCUGGGGACCAGUCCACAGACUUUAACUGGUACACCCGCCGAGCUGUGCUGGCUGGCAUCUACAACACAACAGAGCUGGUGAUGAUGCAGGACUCCUCCCCAGACUUCGAGGACACUUGGCGCUUCCUGGAAAACCGAGUUAAUGAUGCAAUGAACAUGGGCCACACUGCCAAGCAGGUAAAGUCCACUGGAGAGGCGCUGGUGCAAGGACUCAUGGGUGCAGCGGUGACACUCAAGAACUUAACAGGUCUAAACCAGCGCCGGUGAAAGGAAGGGGUGUGAGCUAGAGUGCCCGGAAGAAAACAAGUGGAUAGAUGAAAAGGGCUCUGAAAAGUAUGAGGUGUUGUCCACGUAACAACCAAGUGUUAAUGAGAACACGCUGAAGGAUUCCUGAGUCAUUACCACAAGGUACUUCAUACGGUUCUGGCCCAGGACUGGGCCACUUCUUCAGUUCCUAACACCAGGCCAGGCCUCCUGGAGCCUUUCUGCACUGCAGCUGUGUGACUGAGAAAUGAGGCUCUCUUCCACGUAUUCAAGCCAUGGAAACCCAGCACGUCCCUGUCAUGGUCUCUUGGGCACCUUGAUCACGUCCUAACCUUCCUAGAAGUGCUCCCUGGGGCUCCCAAGCCAGAGUCAAAAUCCGAAGCUACCACAAGGUGGCAGCUCACCCCCAGCGCAGCUCAGGCAUGUGCACACCGAGGUGCUCCUUGCAGCCCCUUCCCUCUCGGGGAGGUCCUGAGAUGCUCGGGAAACAAACUGUCUCACCCGAGACAGGUGCCUGCUGGACAGAGGUGUGAUCCCAGGCCUGGUAUCACAUUACACCAGCAUGCAUUGCAGGAGGAUUAUUAGUGUAUUUACAGUUUGUAAAAAUAAUAAUAAAUAUGUUUGAAGCA